AGCGCACUUCGGUAAACUUCAGUUCCACCGACUGAAUUUGAAAGGUGCUCCCUUAGCAACCUGACCGUCAUGGCAAAAAUGAUAGGAGAAAGAAAAAGUCUGUGGCAGCAAGUUUGUGACGAAUACGAUUCUCAGUACCCGCCUCCACUGGAGAAUGCAGCCUCGGACACCUGUUCGGUUGAGACCUGUGUCUCGCAGUACAGCGCCAGCAAGCACUCGCCAGUCUUCCAUGGGAUCAUGGCAUCCAAGGUGGCGGUGGACACAGGACUGUUUAAGGAUUUUGAACCGCAGUGCUCGCACCCGGCACUGGCAGGCUACGCUGUGGCCCCAAGACCCCCCCAGCCCAAAUCGGUCACGCCGGAAUUCAUUGACCCACACACAUGCUCUCCGAAGGAAUACCUGGAGAACUGUUUGUUCCAUGUGCUACUCCCAGGAAUGGAGGCCAUGCUGGUACAGGCACAACGGGAAUGCUGUCUUGAGAGAAAGCGAACCAGAUUCAACGCAUGUGAUUUCCUGACCGAAUGGCUAUAUAAUAAGAACCCACGGCGGCUAGAGCAGGACCCUGUGAGCUUUGAGGAGAUCCCCUUUGUCAGGGACUGGCUCAGAGAACAUCCUCGGCCUCCUAUACCACUGUCUCUGCUGCUGUCAGAUGAAUCUGCUGCUAUACUAAUCCAGGCUGGCUGGAGGGGCUAUAAGGUGCGCUGUGACCCCGAGGUGCAGGAGCUGAGACAGUGGCAGAAGGAGCUGCGAGAGGAAAGCCGGGACAUUGGACAGAGGGUGCAGGAGUUCUGGGCCAAUCAGGAGUCCAGAGGUAUGAGAAGAAUGUUGGAAAGAGUUGGACGUGAGCUGGAGGACACGAAUCAAGCAAACCGAUCAGGAGUUUGCAUCCGGGUGCUGUCACCCACGCCUCAGAACACAGUCGUCCUGUGACACCCUAACCAGCUCCCAGGAAGCCUGAUCCAGGGAUGUGCUUCAGUCUUGCCAGGGUCCAAGUUCUUCUGCAUGGUGAACAUAGCAUUCGCUUUUGAUUCAUAUGACUGGGAUAUAUUCAAAGGAUCUAAAGAGCAACAGUAUUGAAUAUCACCCUGGUCAACAAAGAGCAUAUGAACUAUGAAUGUCUAUACUGUAGACAUUCAAGAAAAGUUAUGCAUUUUGAAGGACAUAUUUCAAACUAAUAAUUAUGGUUUGCAUCUACUACUGGGGCAAGCAUAGUUAAUUGCACUAAGGUCGAUAUAGUGGUGUAGAUACAGUGAUUGGCUAUCUUUAUCAUCAAAAUAUCAUUAAAAAAUGUUUUAACUAGUCCAGUGAAUCUAGCAUUCAUUCCUUUUAGUAUAUUUUCCAUUUUCAGUUGCUGGCUGGAAAAUCAGAAGUUAAUAGUCAGACUGUAACAGAAGCAAUGAUGGUCUAUAAUAAGGUACUUGUGCCAGAUAUUGACAACUUAAUUUCAUUAAAAUAAACAGAAGCCCACAGCUGGUUAGUCUAAUCAAAUAGCUUCUUUAAAGACAUUGUCUGUGAAAUAUGAUAAUGCUGCAUUAACAGCUCCCUAUGGAGAUAGCAGGAUCAAUUUGUACUAAUGCAGCUUCACAGCCUCAUAGUAUUUAUAGUAAAAUGUUGGUGCAGGGAAACAAAGAUAAUACUAGUUGCACUAAAACAAAACCAUAAAAAAUGAAAAUGCAUGAGAAAGCAAGGCAACCGACAUGAGCAUGAACCAGACUGGAGAGCAGAACUAAAAAAACCAGGACAAGUCAGCAUUUAUCAAUACUAUACGCUGCCAUCCUACUUAUUAUGUUGUGUUUUCUUGUAUUUCAAUUUGGUUUGCGCUGAGCGCAACCUAGAUUCACUAACUGGCAAGUGCCUUCUUUCUGAUUUGCUGAUUCCAAGGCAACACUGGUGGAACAGGUAGUUUCUAAUUCUAGAUGAAACUUCUAAGGUGAAAAAUGAAAUAGAUAACAGACCACUGGUAAACACUGGAUCGCUGAUGCCAGGCUGUGUGACAGAAGUUUUUAUAUAAUUUAGUUCCUUCAAAGACUCAUAAACUACUUCAUGUCAGUUUACUGCUCUGACAUUAAAAUGCAUAUAUUGUAGCCUGGCAUCAGGUGUGCUAUGCAGGGGUGAAUUUAUUGUUCAAAUAUAUUUACAAAAGCCAGAAAAAAAUAUGCCACUUAUACUGCCUAAUUAAAGGGCUAGUAUCCUAUCUGAAACACAAGGCUAAGUAAGCAUGUGACUUUUCUUUGUUAUUUGGACCAGAACAAUCAAAUGGGACAAGGACAUUAGACCAUUGGGUUUAGCUUGAACUUAUUAAUCUUU